AUGAUGAAUCGACGAAAAAUCUCACCGCCGCCAUCGAAAAAGAGUUCAAGACCGUAAGAAAAUAGAAAAUUUGAUUUCUCUGAAAAAUAUGUGUGUUUUUCAGACAAACAGUUCGUUCACGUGCUGGAAGUUCUCCAGGUUUAGACAAUUCUCAGAUUCAUUCGUUGUUGAAUAAGAAAAAUUCAUUUGCUAGCCUUUUGUGUAAAAACAAUGAUAGUGUUGGUGAGUUUGAAAAAAUCAGUUGUCUGAAAAGUUACCAAUUCUGAGAGUAACCUUUCCCCAAAAUAUCGGAAACUCAAAAAACACCCAAAGAGAAAAAUUCUAGUUUACAAGUCGCUCGAGAAGACUUUGAGAGUACUGUACCUUUUUUGUGUCUUUUCAAAAUUUACCGUACUAUUGCCACGUCAUAGGCGAGUGCUGAAGCCUAUAACUAAUAAUAACCUCUUUGAGUGUUCUUUCAGCACCCAAAAUCUGAAAACACAAAUGUCUUUCAAUUGUUUUCAGCUGAUUAUUCUGAAAGUGAAUCUUCCACUCCGCCAACUCGAAGUAUGUCAGUUAUUUCUGUAUCAUCUGUAGUUUCACCAAGUUCCAUUGAUACAAAUUCAUCUGGAACUCGUUUUAUUCGAGUUACACCAGCAAAAGAUUCGACAAGUAUCAGUUCACAUGAUUCUGCAGUCGAAGUUUCACCAAGAAAUGAUGAUAAAGAUAAGAGAACUAGAACUGAUACACCAUCCAAAGCACUUUAUUUGGAUGAAAUUGUUUGGAAGGUACAUAUUAUAACUAAACUAUAGUAUGAUUUAAAUAUUUUUCAGAUUGAUGAUAUUGUUUAUGCUGCUGGAAUUGAUGCUGCUACAAAUAUGUCACUGCUCUGUCGAUUUAAUAUCGAAUUUGUUUGUGAAAUUGUCGACGAAACAACUGAACAUAUUCAACAAAAUCGGUAUUUCCUCUAGUUUCUUUUUUUUCAUUUCUUCUUCUAAAAAUAAUCUUUCAGUCGUCAAAAUCGGGGUUUUGACUGUCCUUGUUUGUGUCAACGUCAGUUGAAUCAUUUUAGAUAUUUUGUUAACAUGAAUGUUCCCGAAUCGGAAGAAAAAUGUUUUUCCUCAAAAUUCAACAUGAUCACAUUAUUCGAACAAUUUCUCGAACUUGUCGAACGCGGUCGAAAAGUCGGAAAAAAUGUUUUGGUUUGCAGUUCACGCGGAAGAAAUCGGUUUGGAUUUUCCCCUCAUUUUCCACCUGUUCAUAGUUUUUUAGAGCUCCAACAUUUUGUGCUGCUUAUUUGAUGGCACACGAACGAGUUUCAAGAUGUAAAGCUGUUGGAAAAGUGAUGGAUGCAAUGAGAAGUAUGAGACCACCAGUUAAUAUUUCCGAUUAUAUGCAAAGACAACUUAUGAGGUAAUAAAAUCGAGAAUUGGAAAACCAUUGAAUAAUACUGUAUAUUUAUUUUCUAGAUUCCAACAUAAUCUUGGAAUCGAGCCAGAAUACUCCUACGACUCGGCUCAUUCAGUCCAACUCAAAAUGAAACGCUCAGCUUGGACCUAA